CUCAGCUAAUGCGGAGAAGCCGAGGUAGCCCUAAUGAUGGAUUUUGAUGAGCGUGUUCCUUGUUCCUCUAACAUGUAUUUGCCAAGUUGUACUUACUACGUCUCGGGUCCUGAUUUUUCCAGCCUCCCUUCUUUUUUGCCCCAAACCCCGUCUUCUCGCCCUAUGACAUACUCCUACUCCUCCAACCUACCCCAGGUCCAACCUGUGAGAGAAGUUACCUUCAGGGAAUAUGCCAUUGAUCCCUCCAGUAAAUGGCACCCCAGGAACAAUCUGCCCCACUGCUACUCCGCAGAGGAGAUCAUGCACAGAGACUGCCUGCCUGCCACCAACACUGCUAGCAUGGGCGAGAUGUUCGGCAAAAACACAGCUAACGUCUACCACCCCAGCACCAACGUCUCCUCCAAUUUCUAUAGCACUGUGGGCAGGAACGGGGUCCUACCCCAGGCUUUCGACCAGUUUUUCGAGACGGCUUAUGGCACAGCGGAAAACCUGGCCUCGGCGGACUACUCGGUAGACAAGAGUGGCGAGAAGGCGCCCGCGGCCGCCGGGGCGGCGGCGGCGGCAACUUCAAGUUCGGAGGGCGGCUGCGGCAGGGCGGCGGCGGCGGCGGCGGCGGCGGAGAAGGAGAGGCGGAGGCGGCCGGAGAGCAGCAGCAGCCCCGAGUCAUCUUCCGGCAACAAUGAGGAGAAAUCCGGCAGUUCCAGUGGACAACGUACGCGUAAAAAGAGAUGCCCAUACACCAAAUAUCAGAUUAGAGAGUUAGAAAGGGAAUUCUUCUUCAGUGUCUACAUAAACAAAGAGAAACGCCUCCAGCUCUCCCGAAUGCUCAAUCUGACCGACCGCCAAGUCAAAAUAUGGUUUCAGAACAGAAGAAUGAAAGAAAAAAAAAUUAACAGGGACCGAUUACAAUAUUACUCAGCUAAUCCACUACUUUAAAACUCAUAGUGUUUUUCAAGACGAGAUUAAAUUCAGAUUUCGCCCUUGACAAGGUCAAGCCACGGGGUUAUGUGGAGGAAGGAGGUGUGUAUCUGAUAGGACUAAAAGAAUCCAAGGCUUUACACACGUGUAAGCCUAGUCUGGAACUGCAAUGAUGAUUUUUCAUAUAUAUAUUUACAUAUCAACUGGAAUCGAUUUGAUUUUGACACACAUGGGAUCCAUUUCUAAAUGCGCACGUCACCUCUGAGUGCAAAAUCCAUACCUCUUACCUUUCCAGGCGCUGCGGCUC